GCUGCUCUGCUCUCCCCACCGGGCUCAGACUACUGGGAAACCUCGCUCCGUGCUAGCCUCGCCGGAGGACUUGUCGGGCGCGUAACAUGGCUGAGCGCUCCGCCAUCCCUCGCGCCUGGUCUCGGCUGCUGGUCUUACUGUCCUUGGCUUCGCUCUGGAGCUGCCUGCGGGCGCGCUUCGCAGCUGAGGCAGACCUCAAAGACCCGGAGGCAGAGGCGGAGGUGGUGGUUUUCCCAGAAUCGCCCUUGCAGAAACCCACGGUGUUCGUGACCAUCCUGGCCCGCAAUGCUGCGCACACGCUGCCCCAUUUCUUGGGCUGCUUGGAGCGGCUGGACUAUCCCAAGGAUAGGAUGGCCAUCUGGGCAGCCACAGAUCACAACAUUGACAAUACAACAGAGAUCCUCAGAGAGUGGUUGAAGAAUGUGCAGAAAUUAUACCACUAUGUAGAAUGGAGACCUAUGGAUGACCCUCAGUUUUAUCCCGAUGAAAUUGGACCAAAGCACUGGCCAGGCUCCCGGUUUACCCAUGUGAUGAAACUUCGGCAGGCUGCCCUUCGAACUGCGAGGGAAAAAUGGUCAGACUACAUCCUGUUUAUAGAUGUCGACAAUUUCCUGACUAAUCCACAGACCCUCAGUCUUAUGAUCUCUGAAAACAAGACUAUCGUGGCCCCGAUGUUGGAAUCUCGAAGCCUCUACUCUAAUUUCUGGUGUGGAAUCACACCUCAGGGCUACUAUAAACGGACCCCAGACUACCUUCAGAUUAGGGAAUGGAAGAGGAGAGGAUGCUUUCCUGUCCCCAUGGUUCACUCCACCUUCCUCAUUGACCUCAGGAAAGACGCCUCACACAAGCUGAUGUUUUUUCCUCCGCACCAAGAUUAUUCCUGGACUUUUGAUGACAUCAUUGUCUUUGCCUUCUCCAGUAGGCAAGCAGGUAUUCAGAUGUAUCUCUGCAAUAGAGAACACUAUGGUUACCUUCCCAUCCCACUGAAGCCACACCAGACACUGGAAGAGGACAUGGAGAACCUCAUUCAUGUGCAAAUAGAAGCGAUGAUUGACCGUCCUCCAAUUGAACCUUCCCAGUAUGUCUCAGUUGCUCCCAAAUACCCAGACAAGAUGGGAUUUGAUGAGAUUUUCAUGAUAAACCUCAAACGGCGGAAGGACAGACGGGACCGAAUGUUGCGCACGCUUUAUGAACAAGAGAUCGAGGUCAAAAUUGUAGAGGCUGUGGAUGGCAAGGCCCUGAAUACAAGUCAGCUGAAAGCUCUGAAUAUCGACAUGUUACCUGGGUACAAGGAUCCCUAUUCUUCCAGGCCACUGACAAGGGGUGAAAUUGGCUGUUUUCUUAGCCACUAUUCUAUCUGGAAGGAGGUAAUUGACCGAGAAUUGGAGAAGACUCUUGUUAUUGAGGACGAUGUGCGAUUUGAACAUCAGUUUAAGAAGAAACUUGUGAAGUUGAUGGAUGACAUUGAUCGCGUGCAGCUAGACUGGGAAUUGAUUUACAUUGGUCGGAAGAGAAUGCAGGUCCAAGAACCAGAGAAGGCAGUGCCCAAUGUCAUGAAUCUGGUCGAGGCUGAUUACUCCUACUGGACCCUGGGCUAUGUCAUCUCCUUGGAAGGUGCUCAGAAGCUUGUUGGAGCUGACCCCUUUGGGAAAAUGCUGCCAGUAGAUGAAUUCCUGCCAGUCAUGUACAACAAACAUCCUGUAGCCAAAUACAUGGAGUACUAUGAGCCCAGGGAUCUGAAGGCUUUCUCAGCUGAACCCUUACUCAUCUAUCCCACCCAUUACACGGGGCAGCCUGGUUACCUGAGUGAUACAGAGACAUCCACCAUCUGGGACAAUGAAACUGUGUCCACCGACUGGGACAGGAAGCACUCUUGGAAGUCUCGGAAGCAGGCACAUAUCCAUAGCAACGCCCAGAACACAGAUGCUUUGCCCCCCACCACUUCUCUAGACACAGCACCCUCAAGGGACGAGUUAUGAUGGGCCUCCUGGUUCUGCCUACAACUGGACCUGCCUCUGGCUUUUUGUUCAUCUUUAGAGAUAAUCCUCCAGUUACCUUUUUUUAUUUCAUUGUCAUUCUCAGAAGAUCAAGUUGAUUUGACUCAUCUGAUUGAAAGUAGUAAAUUAUUAGACAGGAAAGCCAAUGAAGGUAAUUUAAGUAGAAGGCUCUAGGAAGAUGGAAAGAUAGGCUUCUUUUUUUAACAUUAAGAUAUCUUUCAGUUUGGUUUGGUCAGACACUUUGGGUCAUCACCUUUGUGAAGUGGCUGCUCACACGAAGGCCAGGACCUGUAGCUGAGUGAUCUGGACGGCUAUGGGCUAAUCACCAGGCUAUCAGAGGACCUAGGAAUGAGCUGUUCAGACAAAAGCAACAAUUGUCCCAGUCGUUUUGUGGUUAUGGGUGUGCAUCACUUUCUGCAAGCUGUGUUGAUGAAAACUACAUGUAGGUCAAACUUUGGUUUUAGUUUAAUUAUCUCCUAAAUGCACUCGUGAGACUUUUUUAGGGUCAUCCUACUCUGCCUUCUUUUGGAGAACAAAGGGUACUUUUGCAGAGUGAUUAUUUUUCUUUUAUGUGACUCUAAAUUGUCAUGAAUCAUUUUUGUAAAAGUGAGGUACACCGGGGCAGCUAGGUGGCGCAGUGCAUAGAGCACCGGCCCUGGAGUCAGGAGGACCUGAGUUCAAAUCCAGCCUCAGACACUUAACACUUACUAGCUGUGUGACCCUGGGCAAGUCAUUUAACCCCAACUGCCUCGCCAAAAAGAAAAAAAAAGUGAGGUACACCAACAUUUUGGUCCUCUUGAUAUACUAGCUCAGUAGAAUUAGUGUUUUUAUGCUUUUUAUUACUGGCUUGGCAUUUGACCAUCAUGAUAUUCCAAAAUCCUGAGGUGACUGUUACCAACAAUCGUCCCAAGUCCCAAGAUAUCUUCUAUAAGUUUUCUGAGUGAGUUUACAUCAGUACUUUUAGGAGUAUUUUUUAAAAGCUCUACCUUUACUAUUUUCCCUAAGAUUACUGCAGUUAGGAUGCUACAUUUAAAAUGAUACAUUUAAAAUAAGGGAUUAUUAUGAUUCCUAUCCAGAGGUUUCCUGGCACUACUGCAAUAUUCCCAUUCUCCUCUCCACCAUCUGUAUCAUAAAAGAAACUUUAGAAAAGUUUAGAAAGUUUAGAAAAAGUCAGAGACAGAGAUAGACAGAGAGUGAAAGAGGGAGGCAGAGACAGAGAGAAAAAGAAGAGAGAGAGAGGGAAAGAA